GUGAGUGAAUCGUCUCAUGGCUCAGGUACAGAUCAGCAUUCACAGCUGUUGUCACGGAUGGUUUCUGUUUCCUCUUCUCACACUCACAUCAUCAGCAUCACACUCCUACAAUCCUAGAAGCUACAGCUCUUUCCCUCUCGCGAGACAGUAUUGAUCUAAAUCUCGUCUUCACGGUUUCUUAUCCCGAAUCAGUUCCGAAGGCUGACAGUAGGCUUACGUCACUAUAAAAUUGCUAACCAGGCUUUAAGAUGGAGGAGCUCUCCUUUGCCAACACCGGGGACGAAUCGACCUCGAUAGCGACAAAUACUUCGUCUCACCCGUCCCGCAGUUGAAAUGCUCACGUCAUCCGAACUCGCGCUGACGGAGGUAUACCCUCCUACCACCUACACAGAUAUACGAGCGAUGAAGAAAGCCGUCGCAGACACAAGAAAUAGACUGAUCACCGAAGACAUCAACCAGUAUCUAUCCUUCAAGCAUGUUUCGCCGAAGGAUUUCAGUUUUAUCGACGCCCACCGGAGGCAACUAGGCGCAGUCCGGUUUACAUACUUUCAAGAUAUUAGCACCCUCAUAAUUAAGGUCCCUACCCGCGCACACGAAAUUGCGCAUAGAAUUUUCGAACGAAUGAUUUCGAGUCAGUUUGGCGCUAUGAACAUCGGUAUCGACCAGUUUCUGUCCCUGGGGUCCACCCUCUAUGUGGGGCCAACCGCCUCGAAAAAAGAGGGGGACAGUGCAUUCACGAACUCUGUCUUACGACCUCUCGAGAGUGACUGGCCGGCCCUGGUAAUAGAAGCUGGGGUAUCUGAAUCCAUGCCCCGCCUGCGGCAAGACGCCCAAUGGUGGAUUUCCAACUCGGAGGGAAAAGUUCAUAUCGUUCUACUUAUCAAGGUGACAAGGAAUGCCAGGAGCAUGGUAUUUGAAAAGUAUGUGCCUGAGGUUUUGAUGUUCAGACAACCGCGAAUCUCGGCGCCACAUAGCUAUCGGGCUGUGUUGGUCUCCACCACUGAGGUUCAUCAAGGAGCGAACCCCCCCUACGUUUCGGGUCCCCCAGUUAUACUAGAAUUUCAGCGUGUUCUAUGUAGACCACCUGUGCCCCCUGAAAGGGAUAUUCAACUCGGGCCCGCUGAGCUGCUGCUCCUAGCUCGUCUAGUCUUCCCCCAUUGAUUUGACCUACAUAGUACAAGGGGAGAAAACAUAUCCACCUUAACUAUGGUGAGAUGAGUUACCUUAAUAUGUGAUAUCAAAAAGGGUCUCAUUGGUUCUGAUAACUA